UACUGUAUUUCUGAGCAUCAUAGACCAUCAGUCUGUCUGUCUCUUUAAGUACUGAAGGCUGUGUUCACUUUUCUCAACAGGUUGGAGAAAUGGACUCAGAUCAAAUGGACAUCGCUGCCCUGGGUCGACCUUUCACCCUGGGAAUGCUCUAUGAUGCUCGGAGAGAUGAACUCAUCCCAGGUUUGACAUUGUGGGAUGAUAAAACUCUACAAGGGAAGAUAACUGAAAGCUCUCAGCGCACCAGUGCAUUUCAAAUUUCUGCUUCUGACUCCACUGAAUCCAAGUUCCAUCUGCUGGAUGUUAAAGCUUCUCUGAAGGCCAGUUUCCUGAGUGGACUGAUUGAAGUCGGAGGAUCUGCCAAGUAUCUGAAUGAUCAGAAGAAAUUCCACAAUCAGAGCAGAGUGACGUGUCAGUACAAAGCUACCACCAACUUCAAGCAGUUGAUGAUAGAUCUUCUAACCACUGACCCCCAACAGAUGGAUGUCAUUAAGAAGAGCUCAGCAACACAUGUAGUCACAGGCAUCCUUGAUGGGGCAAAUGCUUUCUUUGUGUUUGACAGUGAGAAGUUAGAGGGCAGCAGUGUUCAGGACAUCCAGGGCAGCAUGCAUGCCGCUGUAAAGAAGAUUCCUACAUUUAAUAUUGAGGGGCAAGUUAAGCUCAAGCUGACUGAUGAAGAAAAAGCCCUGACACAGAAAUUCUCCUGCAAAUUCUACGGAGACUUCAUUCUUGAAAGCAACCCUUCAACAUUUGAAGAGGCAGUGAAUACCUAUGUACAACUCCCAAAGCUACUGGGAGAAAAAGGAGUUCCAGUGCAGGUCUGGCUGACGCCGCUGAAGAAUUUUGACGCUGAAGCUGCUGAGCUGAAGAAAGAGAUCAGCCAUGGAGUAGUUGGGAAGGCACAGCAUUGUCUAGAAAAAUUAAGGGAAAUAGGAAUGAGAUGCAACGAUUAUCUGGAAGACAAAGUGGUGGAGCAGUUUCCUGUGAUUGAAGAAGAGUUGAUCACUUUCCAAACAUUGUGUGGUAAUUAUUCAUCUAAACUCCAGCAGACCUUGGUGAAGAAACUUCCCUCCAUCCGUGAAGGUAAAGAAGAUGAGAGCUCACUGAACCAACUCUUUGAAGACAGAGACAAGUCACCAUUCAGUCAGGAAAAACUAACCAAGUGGCUGGAUCGUAAAAAGAGAGAAAUCAACGUCAUCAGAUCCUGUGUAGAUACCAUGGAGGGAACAAAGAUCGUCCACAAUCAGUCAGAGCUGGACAGACAGGUUCUUGAUCCAGGUGUAGAAGAUGUUCUGUGCUUUGUUUUCACUUCAGUGGAAAAGGGUGAUACCGACCUUGAUGUGAUGGCCGACCACGUGGACUUCCCUAAAUUAGGAAGUACCAUUGAAGAUCCAUGGUACUACUCAGAUGAAGUUUUCACCACAAUGAGAGAAAAAGCCAAAGCUUUCCAUCGUUUUGCCAACACACAGAAGAACAACAGUCGAUUCCGUUUCCUCAUAGCAGCCAUUGCAAACAAGAAAUACACAGGAGCAACCAUCUACCAUUACAAGAAUGGCAUUCUGGUCAGUGAAGAUUUUUCAAAACUUCAACUUCCUCCUGUGGAGAACAUCACAGACAGAAGAGAUCUGAUCUGGUAUGCCUGUGAUCUCAACCUGGACCCAAACACUGCAAAUGGCUGGCUCAUUCUGUCUGAGGGAAACAAGAAGGCAACAGCUGGAGCAUGGCAGUCAUAUCCUGAUCACCCAGAGAGGUUUACAAACAUACUGCAGGUGUUGUGCAAAGAGAGCUUAUCUGGGAAACAUUACUGGGAGGUGGAGUGGAGUAAGAAUCACAUCAAUUGUUGUUGUGUUAAUAUUGCUGUUGCAUACAAGGAAAUUGAAAGAAAAUCAGGCAAUUUAGAGAGCCAGUUUGGACGUAAUACCAAAUCGUGGGCUUUUCAAUUCAACAAUGACUCAAUUUUAGCAUUGAAAAAUAAUCAGGACAUGUGGAGCAGUCCUUAUCCCUCUGAUGGCUGUAACAGAGUUGGGGUGUAUCUGGACUGGCCUGCUGGCACUCUGUCCUUCUACAGAGUCUCCUCUAACACACUGAGGCACCUCUACACCUUUCACACCACAUUCACUGAGCCUGUUUACCCAGGACUCUUGGUCAGUCUUGAACAAAACGAUGCGUACCUGUGUCCACUAGAAUAGGAGUAAUAACAAAUACUUCUCAGAUUCUUGGUCUGUCAAUAGGAAUAUGGGUUUACAUUUAAAGUUUAAAGAACAACUGAACCUCACAUUUUAUCUCGACCAUGCUUCACAAAUUUAAACAACAUAUUCAAACCCAGAGGGACCAGCAAAACGUAUAAUGUAAUCAUCAAGUGAGUGUGUAUGUAAUUUGAUCAGUUCAUGUUGAUUUGAUGCACAGCCUUUAUUUAAAACUGGCUUGUACUUCACACAUUUAUAAUCACUUUAAACUUUCAUUGCUUACUUCUUGAUACUUAAAG